UUUCUGCCGCUCCCUUUUUGCCAAAGCUGCUGAACGGAGACUAACGGCUGUUUUCUGUGUCAAUUUCAGUUAAAACACAAACUCCAACUGUGGUUAAUAUUAGUUAAAAAAAAGUCUAACAGAGAGAUCAGUCAACGAUUAGUGUACUCUCAGGUGUUUUUACUCUGAAGUGAAAAGGUGCCGUUUCGUGUUCCGGACUGUGAGUAGUUAUCCUCAGCCUUGGUGUGUGUUCCUGUGGGUUGAAGAAGAUCAAAUAUAACUGCUCUGAUAAGAUGGCGGACUGCAUCACUAAGGUGGAGCUGAGUGUCUCCUGUUCUGACCUGCUGGAUAAAGAUGUCGGAUCAAAGUCUGAUCCUCUGUGCGUGCUGCUUCAGAGCUCGGGAGGAGACAGCUGGACCGAGCUGGGUCGUACUGAGCGUUUGAAGAACACCUCCAGUCCGUCCUUCAGUCAGCGUCUCAGACUGGAUUAUCACUUUGAGACGGUUCAGAAUCUGAAGCUGGGGGUCUAUGAUAUCGACAACUCCAGCUCUGACCUUGGCGAUGAUGACUACCUGGGAGGGGUGGAGCUAACACUGGGACAGAUAGUUUCCAGUAAAACUCUGACCAGACCUCUGCAGCUGAAGAAAGGCAAACCUGCAGGGAAAGGAUCCAUCACUAUCACAGCAGAGGAGAUAAAGGACAACAGAGCCAUUGUGUUGGAGAUGGAGGCUAAAAACCUCGACAAGAAGGAUACGUUUGGGAAGUCUGAUCCGUUCCUGGAGAUUUUUAAACAAGGAGACGAUGGAAAAUGGCAGCUGGUCCACAGAACAGAGGUGGUGAAGAAUAAUCUGAAUCCCUCCUGGAAGAAGUUCACUGUUCCUCUACAGACGUUCUGCUGCAGCGACCUCGACAGACCGCUGAAGGUGGAUUGCUCUGAUCAUGACAGUGAUGGAUCUCAUGAUCUGAUUGGUUCGUUCACCACUAAAGUCUCUGAGAUGCAGAAAGCUGGACAUGGUUCACCGGUGGCGUUUGACUGCAUCCACCCCGAGAAACAGAAGAAAAAGAAGAGCUACAAGAACUCUGGAGUCGUCUCUGUUAAGAGCUGCACGCUGGUGGCUCAGUACAGCUUCCUGGACUAUGUGAUGGGUGGCUGCCAGAUCAACUUCACCGUGGGGAUCGACUUCACCGGCUCUAAUGGGGAUCCUCGCUCGCCCAACUCUCUCCACUACAUGAGUCCAGACGGGUUGAACCAGUACCUGUCUGCUCUGUGGUCUGUGGGUCAGGUGGUCAAGGACUACGACACUGAUAAACUCUUCCCAGCGUUUGGUUUUGGAGCAAAACUGCCUCCAGACUACCAGGCUGCACACCAUGAGUUCGCCCUCAACUUCAACCCCACUAACCCCUACUGUCAAGGUAUUGAGGGGAUCAUUGAAGCCUACAGGAUGGUUUUGCCUCAGCUCAGACUCUCUGGACCCACAAACUUCUCUCCCAUCAUCAAUCAUGUUGCUUCCAUCGCCACCACUGCCGCGCAGGACAACAGCGCCUCUCAAUACUACGUCCUCCUCAUCCUCACUGACGGUGAGAUCACUGACUUUGACCAGACUCGGGACGCCAUUGUUCGGGCAUCGCGGCUGCCGCUGUCAAUCAUCAUCGUGGGGGUCGGGCCGGCAGACUUUAAGGCCAUGGAACUUCUGGAUGGAGACGAUGGCGUGCUGAGGUCGACAGUGGGGGACGCCGUCGCCAGAGAUAUUGUCCAGUUCGUCCCGUACAGACAGUUCAAAGAUGCUCCCAAGUCGGCUCUGGCUCAGUCUGUCCUCGCUGAGGUUCCCAACCAGCUGGUCUCUUAUUUCAAAAUGAGAGGCCUGGAACCACCUAAACCAAAAGCUGCCCCCACACCCUAAACCCCGUCCCCACAAAGCCUAAACCCCCACCUGUGCACUCCCCAAACCCACCCAUACAGCAUAAGGCCCACCCUCCUCUCAUUCCAGGAUCAGACCACCCACAAAGUCGACCACCCUUCAGGGACCAACCUGAUGUGUUGCAUGGAAUCUCAGCCAAUCACAAUGCAGCAUUGAGCUGUCAGCCAAUCAGGAUGCCAUAGGCAACCAUCCCCAGUUUUGUUUUCUGAUUUUUCUCUUUAAUAAGAAAAGGUGGAAUGAAAAUAAUAUAGUAUAGAUAAUUGAUUAUUGAUUCUCUCUGCUGCUUCCACACUAACUAUGCAGGUCACAUGUGUUUACAAACAUGUGUUUAACAAUCACAGAGCCACACACACACACACAUUCUGUCUCCAUCAUCGUUGCCAUAGUAAGAGUCAAAGUUUUAUCACAGCAACAUCUAUUAGACAUUAGAGGAACUGCAGCUGCAGGUGCCUCACUGUAAGUGGUUGUUUACAUGUUACUAUGCACCAUGGACCAGCUCUGUGUGUGUGUGUGGCUCUGAUAAGCUUUAUUGAUCAGGUAUUGAUACUUUAGCACUUUGCUUUUGCUCUAAAUGCUGGGAAAUUGUAUCAUAAAUGUUAUAUACUCUUUAUCAUAGCUUUACUACUAUAGCCUUAGCGUAAAACUUUAUUAUAGCCUUACUGUAGGUCUUUAGCCUGUGUGACCUCAGCACGCUGCUUCAGCCUGAAUGUUUCCAGACUGUUCUGUCUCAACUCUCAGUGGUUCAUGAUCAACAUGUUGAUGCCGCCAUCUUGGCUCGUAACACAGAACUCGUUCGUACCGUCAAGUUUAACCCGUGUUUCCUAAAAUGGCGCUGACCCCUGUUUGACCCUUAAAACAGCAAAACUGAUCAACUGCAACAUCCCAUACAUGAUGUCAGUAUUAAAAACAGGUCAUCAUGUCGUCAUCGGUUAAUUGUUCAUCCCGAAUCAACCAACUGCAUGAUUGUAGUUAACGUUUGGCUGAUAGCACUGUAGUACCCAUCUGAACACAGCUCGUCUUCAUCCAGCAGUCAGAUAAAGUCCUAAAAUGGACACCGACAGCGGAUGCACGUGGUUCUGUUUAUACUACAUACAAGGACGUUCACAUGUUUGUUAGUCAAAUAUCUGACAUACAAAUGACAAAAUUGUGUGCAUUUAUUAUUGUGCAGACCCUCGCUGCAAUGCGGAUGUGAAAAGUAUAACUUGAGCUUCAGGCAUUACAGGCACCAAUUGAUCUAAUCUUAAAUACUAAACAUCAUCUUCAGCACGGCAGCGAUAGCAGACAAAAUUAAAAAGAACAAUAAGAAUAUGAGGUGGAGUAAAGUCUACAGAGAACUUGAAUGUUUGCAGGGAGCCAACAUGGCCGCCUCAGUCAUGAUGUUGUGAUGCUGCGUUCAUGUCAUGUGGAAGUUAAUACUGUGAGCAUCCCAGUGAGACUUUUUUCAAGUUGUAGGUAAAUAACACGUUAAUAUCUGAAAAGUGAACAAACACAGCGCCCUCAAGUUGAUUAUUCAAUGUGACAAACUUCAGAUUUAAUGCUGAUUUCAUCACAUUUUACUCCCACAUGACCUCAUGCCCCAGAUUACUGAUCAUUAAGGUGUGUUCAGACUGAACGUGAAGCAAACUUUAGAGGUGGUGCAGUUGCAUAUAAAGCAUACAGUCUGACAACAUGUAUAGACUCGUAACAUUAAGAACACUGGCGGCCGUCGUAGUUGUCCAGUGAUGUGAGCGUUUGGAAGUCGUAACCAUGAUAACGCUCCAUCCCACAUGACCCAAACGCAGCGUCCCACAUGACUGAGCAGCAUCACUCUGAGAGUCUGUCUGAACAUCUGCUCUGUUUCUUUAUCAAAGGCUGACUUUUCUGAUUGACAUGGCUCCUCCCACUGUGAUGACCUGAACACACACACACACACACACACACACACACACAGUCAAAAUGUGUCAAAUCUCAUGUUUGCUGCAGCAAGGCCACAGUAAAUGUCGUUAACAUACACUGCUGAUAAAAGAGUUACUGCCAACGCUUCAUCUGCAACCACUUUAAAUCACUUAGAAUCAUUUAAAAUUAAUUUUAAAUCACAUUUUUAAUCACUGAAAAUCACCACUUUUGCUGUUGAUGUUGAUAGAAAUGACAGAAUAGCAAAGACAUGUUUUUUAAAGUUUUUUUCCCACUUUAGGGACACUUUUGUCUUUUUUUCAGGGUCCAUUUUAUUAAACUGAAAUAUUUGUAUUGCAUAUUAUUUGUAGCGCUGAAGUUUGUUUUAACUUUAGCAAAGAAAGGUCAUUCUUCAUGUUUGGGAACAGUCUAUGUGACAAAAUAAUCUAUUACUAGUUUUUGUAGCUUACAACCGUAAUUGUAAAGCACUUUAAAUGACAAAAAGUGCUAAAUGAAUGCGGUCCAACCACAUCUCACGGUCUUGAUCAGCAAAAACUGGAGUUAUGCUUCUCCGAGCUGCAGGUAAGCGAACGUACUCGGGUGUCGUUUCUUUUAUACAUGUACAGAUUGAGGGUGUCACGUUUAGCAAGCCACAAUGUAAAGAAAACACAGAAGAAAUCAGGAAACAUAAAUCAGUUUUCACCGUGGAGACGGUAUAAACAAACCACUGCAUCUGCCAAACGAACGUGAAAGACUUUAGACUUGCAAAUGGACGGGCCAAUCACAUGAUGGGCAACGAUGUUAAGUGCCUUGAGGAGGAAUUUAGUUUCCUAUGCUCUGCUAGAAGAUCACUUGUGGCAGUACUAUGCUGAAAUGUAACUACGCCCAAACUCUGACAGAAAAAAUAUUGAAAGCUUCCCAACAAGAUGGUCGAUCAACCAAUCACCUUGCUUGAUGUGCAGGUCUACGUCGUUGUGAUGCUAGCUUCCCUUCCAGUGGACAAAACGUGAUUAAGUGCCAUAAACCGCACCGCAUACAGCUGGUGCCCCUUUUUAUUUUUUCUGCCCCUGCCCCUCAAACAGCCUGAGUCCGCCACUGCUUACAGUUACCCACAACGCACUUCUCUUUGUAGGUUUGCAGACGUUUAUCUCCACUGAAGCAUAAUUCAUUCUUCAGGUGUCGUCACAUGAUAACCACUGAACACCUUAAGAUCUCUGCUUGACUGGCGUGGUGUAUGACAUCAUCAUUGCAUCACAUGUGACAGCUGUGGGGGGAACGUUACAUCGGUGAAACAGCGAGGACCCUCAACAAGAGACUGAAUGGACAGCAGAAACAUCAGCUGUCUGUGAAUACCAGACCGACACCGGUCACAGCAUCGACUGAGGAGAGGUCAAAGGUCAUCGACCGGAGUCAGUGGACGGCCGGAGAAAGAUCAAGCAGGACGUUCAACACCAGAGAGCAUCUUUGAACAGAGACGGGGGGAUAGGAUUCCCCGUCAUAUACGACCACCACAAGCUUCAUACUUAGUGACGACGCCUGAACAGAGAUUGUGAGAUGUGGUUGAAAGCUCUGGGAAAAACUAAUAAGUUAAGAAAGUUAUUUUUUUGUUAUUUUGUCACAACAUAGCAGUUGUGUGUGUGUUUUUUUUUUUUUUUUACUUGAAGCAGUGUUUUAUGUUUCCAGCGGUUUGUCCUCCGUCUGCCUCUGUGGUGCCAACAGUGUCGGCCGCUUCAGACUGUGUGUUGGGUUGUUUUUGGAUCAAAUUUGUUCCCCUUUUCUAUCCAGGAAAACAAUAGAAACCAUCACCUGCCGCCUGCUCACAGACUCCUGUGAGCCUCCUACAGGAGCCCAUGAGGGACAAGAGUCACAGGAAAUAGGUGAAAAAGAUGGUCAAUCUUCUUCCUCCGCUUGUUUAAUCUCUCAAACAUCUCCUGAGUUUACGGAAAAGUUUUUAUUUUUUGAAAAUGUUCAAAUCAGUUUCCCUGAAAGUAGAGAGGAUGAAAGCGUUGAUAAAGAUGUUUUCUAGAGAGUCUGACUGGAUUCAUCCAAAGUUCAGGAGAAUAACAUCUUUGUCUGUUUUCUUAAUAGUUGUGACCUCCUAAACAAAGUAAUGUCUACAUACUGUUGGUUGAACUGGUCAAACGCAUUACCACAUCAACAUACACAUCUGCUGUAUCAACAGUUGACCAAUUCAACCAAAGAAUGAACUAGUGCUUUGUUUUAUUUGAGCACAUUUUAGAGGCAUUGAGAGGAAAAAAAAGGAUCCAGUAAUUCACAAGCAAAAAGCAUUAACACCUUCAGGUUACUCUACUUUCUGGGAAAUAGAAAAUAUACAGACCUGCAGGGUUUUGUCAAACCACAAAAACAACAGUUAAAGCGUGAGAUGCACUUGAAAGCUCUGGAAAAAGCUAAUUAAAUGGACCAUGAGUUCAGAUUUUUUUUUGUGUUAUGUUGUUUUGAUGCCAAACUGCAGCAGAUUUUGUAGAGUGAAGUUUGUCCCUGUCUGGCUGUCGGUGGUUUAAAGUGUUCAAAUGGUAGAAAUUUCAGCCAAAAAUCUCUACUUUACUCACUUUAAACAGAUUACCGUAUUACUGAAGUAAAGUGAAUAUUAUCAAAAAUAAAUCAUUAUAGAAAUCUGAUCUGACUUCAGCCGAACAUGCUGUAUUGUAACUGUAACCCAGGCUGCAUAGUCACAUGGUGCUGUGAUGUCAUCAAGUAAAGGAGCAAGUUUGCCCAGUUUUGUAAAAGCUCAAACCUUCACGGGGACGAAAAUCAGCGGUUUGAAAAAGAGAAAAACAAGAGAAAGUGCUGCCAAUUUUAUCUUGGUAAUGAACUACACCUCCCACAAUGCUUUGCUCCACAGUCCUGCUCACGGUUUUUAUCCUCUUUGUUAAACUGGUGGAUCCACAGCACCAUGUGACCGCCAGCUCCACUGCUCACUAAUUCAACUAACUACUAUUAACUAACCAGUAUAAGUAAACCAUUGUAACCAGUAACAACAUAUUAAAAAUACAAUAAUAAAACAACUUUGGGAAAGAAAAAAAA